CCAAACCCCGGGUUUAUUUAUUUAUUUAUUUAUUUAUUUUCUUUGUGGCGUGUGUGGGGAGGGCAGCGAUGUUGGGGCUGUUCCCCCUUUCACCCCGGGGCUGCGGGACCACUGCUACCGCCCCCAGUGAGCAAAGUCCGGGCGUAGAGCGAGUGGAGAGGCGCCGCUAACCUUCCGCUGUCCGCAGCCUCUCUCUCUCUCUCUCUCUCUCUCUCUCUCUGUCACACACACACAGCAGCCAUGGGCUUCCUCCACCAGCUACAUCUCCUACUCUGGAAGAACAUCACCCUGAAACGCCGGAGCCCGUGGGUACUGGCAUUUGAGAUUUUUAUACCACUGGUUCUCUUUUUCAUCUUGCUGGGCCUUCGUCAGAAGAAGCCAACGAUUCCUGUCAAAGAAGCAUUCUAUACAGCCGCACCAUUGACAUCUGCUGGGAUACUCCCUGUGAUGCAGUCACUGUGUCCAGAAGGCCAGAGGGAUGAAUUUGGAUUCCUGCAGUACUCCAACUCCACCGUCACCCAACUCCUUGAGCGAAUCAAUGAGGUUGUGGAAGAGAGCAAUCUGUUCGACCCUGAUCGUCGAGGUCUUGAAGAAGAGUUGGAGUCACUAAGACGUCAUCUGGAAUCGAUGAAUAAUGAUCCGAGCUCAGUGGAGAACCACUUUAACAGCAGUAAAGGGUUCACACUUGGUUCAGUUGUCAAGGACCGGGAUGAACUUCAGAACUUCUUGACGCACAACUUGACAAUGUCCAAUGAAACAGCUGGACUCUUGCUGGGAUCAAAUGUCAACUUGAAGGAGGUUUUCCGCCUUUGCUUUGGAUCAUAUCCUUCUGCUGUGGACAGUGGGCUGGAUAGUGAAAAUUGGGAUGCAUUCAGUGCUGGAGAGAAACUAAUCCAAAUUGAGGAGCAUCUCCUCGGAGGCUGGAGGAAACUUGAAGGAGGACUGAUUCAUAAGGCACUGAGUGACCCAGAGAAAGUGGCACACAGACAGACACUGGUCCAGUUGUUGGCCCAUGCACUUGGCCUGGCAGGAUCCAGUAACUCUACAGAUGGCUAUAACCCAGACGCAUUGGUUAGAGAAAUGGAGAAUAUAUUGUUUGCACCCAAAGUAUUGGAGUACCUGACUUGUAACGAUGAGCAGGAUGAUCUGCAGAAGAUCCUCACAAUCCCUGCCUCUCGGAAGGUUCGGCUCAGCAGUUACCGGGCGGCUGUGUGUAACACCACCGCCAAGUUACGGAAGGAGCAUUUUCGGGAACUCGCCAAUAAACUUCAAAGCCAAGUGGACAUCCAGAAAAUUGUAGAGAAGCUCAAGUUGAAUGAGGUGAACAGCACAGCCGUCCAGCAUCACCUUCAGGCCUUACUUGAAGACCUCAUUGAGGUGGAAAAGAUCUUGAAGGAUGUAGAUGCCUUAUCGGGACUGGCCAGGCUGCUCCCAAAGGGGGCUUGUGCAGGCAAAAGCCCACCUACUGCUGCCAAUACUACCAGCUGGAACAACAACUUCACAAGCACCAAUGCCACUUCAGAAGAGGACGAGGAGCCUGAGAAGGAGAAUCCUCACACCCAGUUUUCUGCUUUUGUACAGCUCUGGGCUGGCCUUCAGCCAAUCCUGUGUGGGAAUAACAGAACAAUAGAGCCUGAGGCCUUGAAACAGGGGAACAUGAGCUCUCUGGGCUUCACCAGCAAGGAGCAACGAAACCUUGGCCUACUGGUGCACCUCAUGACCACUAAUCCUAAGAUCCUUUACUCACCUGUUGGCACAGAAGUGGACAAAGUAAUAGAAAAGGCUAAUGAAACGUUUGCCUUUGUUGGGAAUGUUACACACUAUGCCAGAGUCUGGCUGAACAUUUCCUCAGAAAUCCGCACAUUCCUGGAAGAAGGCAGGCUCCAGAACCGCAUCAGCUGGCUACAGCAGUUCACCUCUGAUUUGAAGAAGCAUCCAGAAGUACUGAAUGCCUCCGAUAGUGACAUCAUCAGGAACUUUAUCAACAGCAACUUCUCCAUGCCAAACUCCAGCACGCUGCUCCAACAGCUGGACACCAUUGACAAUGCAGCCUGUGGCUGGAUCCAGUUCAUGUCCAAGGUGAGUGUGGACAUUUUUAAGGGCUUCCCCAAUGAGGAGAGCAUAGUGAACUACACCUUAAGCCAGGCAUAUCAGGACAAUGUCACAGUGUUUGCCAGUGUGAUAUUUCAGACAAAGGAGGAUGGCACACUGCCCCCUCAUGUCAUGCUGAAGAUCCGUCAGAACUCCAGCUUUACAGAGAAAACCAAUGAAAUUCGAAGGGCCUACUGGAGACCAGGGCCGAACACUGGAGGCAGAUUCUACUUCCUGUAUGGAUUCGUCUGGAUACAAGAUAUGAUGGAACGGGCCAUUAUCAAUACAUUUGUGGGACAUGAUGUGGUGGAGCCUGGGAAUUAUGUCCAAAUGUUUCCGUACCCCUGCUACACCAGAGACGACUUUCUGUUUGUAAUUGAGCACAUGAUGCCACUCUGCAUGGUGAUAUCGUGGGUGUACUCAGUGGCCAUGAUGAUUCAGCACAUUGUCGCAGAGAAAGAGCACAGACUAAAGGAGGUCAUGAAGAUGAUGGGGUUGAACAAUGCUGUUCAUUGGGUGGCCUGGUUCAUUACUGGCUUUGUGCAGCUGUCCAUCUCUGUGACAGCACUGACAGGCAUCUUGAAAUACGGAAAGGUCCUGAUGCACAGCGAUCCCUUUAUAAUCUGGCUGUUCCUUACAAUCUAUGGCAUUGCUACCAUCAUGUUCUGUUUCCUGAUCUCUGUGGUCUAUUCCAAGGCAAAGCUAGCCUCAGCCUGCGGUGGAAUCAUUUAUUUCCUCAGCUACGUUCCAUAUAUGUAUGUGGCUAUCCGCGAGGAGGUAGCCCAUGAUAGGAUCACAGCAUUUGAGAAAUGCAUUGCGUCCCUCAUGUCCACAACUGCAUUUGGACUUGGCUCGAAGUAUUUUGCUCUUUAUGAGGUGGCAGGUGUUGGAAUUCAGUGGCAUACCUUGAAUCAGUCACCAGUAGAAGGUGAUGAUUUCAACCUUCUGCUCUCCAUGGUCAUGCUCAUCGUCGAUGCUACUGUUUAUGGAGUACUGACAUGGUACAUCGAAGCUGUUCACCCAGGGAUGUAUGGACUGCCCAGACCAUGGUACUUUCCAUUCCAAAAGUCCUAUUGGCUGGGCAACGGACGAAUUGAAACAUGGGAAUGGUCCUGGCCCUGGUCCAGAAGCAGUAGGCUCAGCAUCAUGGAGGAUGAUCAGGCUUGCGCAAUGGAGAGCAGGAGGCUGGAGGAAACUCGUGGAAUAGAGGAAGAACCGAGCCAUUUGCCCCUAGUGGUGUGCAUUGACAAGCUGACCAAAGUCUACAAGACAGGAAAGAAGCUGGCCUUGAACAAGCUAAGCCUCAACUUGCAUGAGAACCAGGUGGUGUCGUUCCUGGGACACAAUGGUGCUGGCAAAACCACAACAAUGUCUAUUUUGACAGGACUGUUCCCACCCACUGCUGGCUCAGCUACAAUUUAUGGGCAUGACAUUCGAACAGAAAUGGAUGAAAUCCGGAAGAACUUGGGGAUGUGCCCUCAACACAAUGUUCUGUUUGACAAACUGACAGUCGAGGAGCAUCUCUGGUUUUACUCCCGUUUAAAGGGGAUGGCUGAGGAUGAGAUUCGCAAAGAAAUGGACAAAAUGAUCGAAGACUUAGAACUGUCCAAUAAGCGGCAUUCUCUGGUGCAGACACUAUCUGGUGGAAUGAAACGCAAACUAUCUGUUGCCAUUGCAUUUGUCGGAGGAUCCAAAGCAGUUAUUUUAGAUGAGCCCACAGCUGGGGUUGAUCCAUAUGCUCGGCGAGCAAUCUGGGACCUAAUCCUGAAGUACAAACAAGGCCGAACAAUCCUUCUGUCCACACAUUACAUGGACGAAGCUGAUCUUCUGGGAGAUCGCAUUGCAAUCAUCUCACAUGGGAAGCUGAAGUGCUGCGGGUCACCUCUGUUCCUCAAAAGCACCUACGGGGAUGGCUACAAGCUAACUGUGGUGAAAAAGCAGCCUGACUCUCAAACCAGCCCAGAUUCUGGCCAAGAUCUCAGCCCUUCAUCGGUCUCUCCCUGUUUGGAGACCAAGGUCAGCCAGUUUAUUAAAAAGUAUGUUGUGUCAACCAUCCUUGUCUCGGACACCAACACAGAGAUUUCCUACAUCCUGCCAUCAGAAGCUGUGAAGAAAGGAUGUUUUGAAAGGCUUUUCCAGGCCCUGGAUCUGAACCUGGAGGAUCUGAAUUUGACUAGUUUCGGUUUGAUGGACACCACACUGGAGGAGGUGUUUCUGAAGGUUUCUGAAGAAGAUCAGUCUUUGGAGAACAGUGACAUAGAUGACAAAGAUUCAGGGAAAGAAUCCUUGCAGACACCGCAUACGGAGAAUAAAAAUGGUCGCCAGAAAGACACCCGUCCGCAAGAAGGUACAAACAAUCUGAAAGUGAACAUGAGCAAUUUGGUCACCUGUGCAAGGCUAAGCCAAUCCCAGUCCUCUGUGCACUCCUCCUCUUCUGUUGGUUCUGUCCGAGGUGAUGAAAUGGGUGGUUAUUCCGAAUUCUACGGAGACUACACACCGCUCUUUGAUAACCUGAAUGAUCCAGACAACCUCAGUUUACAAGCAGAACCAGAUCCUGACCUGAGGAGCUUUGUCCUGGAGGGUCAAGGGAGUACAAAGCUGGAGGGCUCCUGGCUGAAACUGUGCCAAUUCUACGGGUUGAUAGUGAAGCGUUAUCACUGUGCCAAACGCAACACCAAGAGUCUUUUCUCCCAGAUCCUGCUGCCAGCCUUCUUUGUGUGUGUGGCAAUGACAGUGGCACUCUCAGUGCCUGAAAUAGGUGACCUGCCUCCUCUGAUUCUUUCCCCAUCUCAGUACCACAAUUAUACCCAGCCUCGUGGGAACUUCAUACCAUAUGCAAAUGAAGAGAGAAAUGAGUACAGGAUAAAGUUAGCACCUGAUGCCAGCCCACAGCAGCUGACAAAUACCUUCUAUCUACCCUCGGGGAUUGGAGCUACCUGUGUCCUGAAGACUCCAUAUAACAGCACAUUAGACCAGCUGGUGCAGACGCUCAAUCUUUCCACCAGUGAGACCAAGAUGCUGGCCUCCAAAUACUUUGACUCCAUGUGCCUGGACUCAUUCACUCAAGGCCUCCCACUGUCAAAUUUUGUCCCACAGCCACCAUCACCUGCUCCAUCAGAUUUCCCAGACAUGGGAGAUGAUGGAGGAACAUACCCCUGGAAUUUGACAACAUCACCAGCUACAAUGAAAGAAACAGUCACAUCAUCCCCGUCAGCUCCACGUCCCAUACAUGAGCCAGUUCGAUGUAGCUGUUCGAUGCAAGGAACUGGGUUCUCCUGCCCAAAUGGAGUUGGAGGGCAUCCCCCACAGAAGAAAGUAGUGACAGGCGAUAUUUUGGUGGAUAUUACAGGCCGCAAUGUUUCUGAGUAUAUUCUGCACACUUCUGAUCGCUUCAGGCUGCAUAGGUACGGAGGCCUGACAUUCGGCAAUGUGCUCAAAUCUAUCCCAGCAUCCUUCAGUACAAAGGCUGCCCCAAUGGUGCGGAAGAUUGCAGUGAGGAGAACUGCACAGGCAUUUUACAACAACAAAGGCUAUCACAGCAUGCCUACCUAUCUGAAUACCUUAAACAAUGCCAUUCUCCGAGCCAAUCUACCCAAGAGUAAGGGCAACCCUGCGGGAUAUGGGAUCACCGUGACGAACCAUCCAAUGAACAAGACCAGUGCCAGCUUAUCUCUUGAUUACCUUCUGCAGGGCACGGAUGUGGUCAUUGCCAUCUUCAUCAUUGUGGCCAUGUCCUUCGUGCCGGCCAGCUUUGUGGUGUUCCUGGUGGCAGAGAAAUCGACCAAAGCAAAACACCUGCAGUUUGUCAGUGGCUGUGACCCUGUGAUCUACUGGCUGGCCAACUACGUCUGGGACAUGCUCAAUUAUCUGGUACCAGCGACCUGCUGUAUCAUCAUUCUCUUUGUGUUUGACCUGCCAGCCUACACAUCACCCACCAACUUUCCAGCAGUGCUUUCGCUCUUCUUACUGUAUGGUUGGUCAAUCACGCCAAUCAUGUAUCCAGCCUCCUUCUGGUUUGAGGUUCCCAGUACAGCCUAUGUCUUCUUGAUUGUCAUCAACCUCUUCAUUGGUAUCACAGCAACAGUUGCUACAUUCUUGCUUCAACUUUUUGAACAUGACAAGGACCUGAAGGCUGUGAAUAGCUACCUGAAAUCCUGUUUCCUCAUCUUUCCAAAUUAUAAUCUGGGCCAUGGACUGAUGGAAAUGGCUUACAACGAGUACAUCAAUGAAUACUAUGCAAAAAUAGGCCAGUUUGGCAAGAUGAAAUCCCCUUUUGAAUGGGACAUCGUGACACGCGGCCUUGUUGCCAUGACGAUAGAAGGGUUUGUGGGCUUCUUCAUCACCAUCAUGUGCCAGUACAACUUCUUCAGAAAGCCACAGCGCCUGCCAGUUUCUAACAAGCCAAUAGAGGAUGAUGAUAUCGAUGUGGGAAAUGAGAGGAGACGCGUGCUGCGAGGCGAUGCAGAUACUGAUGUUCUUAAAAUUCAAAAUCUGACAAAGGUGUACAAGUCUCGUAGGAUGGGCAGAAUCCUCGCGGUAGAUCGUUUAUGUACAGGCGUGCGUCCUGGGGAGUGCUUUGGGUUACUUGGAGUGAACGGAGCUGGGAAGACGACAACAUUCAAGAUGCUGACAGGGGAUGAGAGUACAACUGGCGGAGAGGCCUUUGUGAAUGGAAACAGUAUUCUCAAGGACCUGCUGAAGGUACAGCAAAGUAUUGGAUACUGUCCACAGUUUGAUGCUCUUUUCGAUGAGCUCACUGCCCGGGAACACAUGGAACUUUACACCAGGCUACGUGGAGUCCCCUGGAAAGACGAAGAGCGGGUUAUAAAUUGGGCCCUCGAUAAACUGGAACUUACAAAGUAUGCAGACAAGCCUGCAGGAACGUACAGUGGUGGCAACAAAAGGAAGCUGUCUACUGCCAUUGCUUUGAUUGGCUAUCCUUCUUUAAUUUUUCUGGAUGAACCAACAACAGGAAUGGAUCCCAAGGCGCGGAGAUUUUUGUGGAACCUAAUUCUUGACAUCAUUAAGACCGGGCGUUCAGUGGUGCUGACAUCGCACAGCAUGGAGGAGUGCGAAGCACUGUGCACGAGGCUGGCCAUCAUGGUGAAUGGGCGCUUCAAGUGUCUUGGCAGCAUCCAGCACUUGAAAAACAGGUUUGGUGAUGGUUACAUGAUCACUGUCCGCACCAAAGCCAGCUUGUAUGUGAAAGAGGUUGUCCGCUUUUUCAACAGAAAUUUCCCUGAAGCAGUUUUAAAGGAGAGACACCAUACCAAAGUACAGUACCAACUGAAGUCAGAAAACAUCUCAUUGGCUCAGGUUUUCAGUAAGAUGGAGCAAGUAGUUGAUGUAUUAGGAAUUGAAGAUUAUUCCGUCAGCCAAACCACAUUGGACAAUGUGUUUGUAAACUUUGCAAAGAAGCAGAGCGACAACCUGGAGCAGCAGGAGACUGUCAGCAGUGGGAGUGUGCAGUCACCUAUCAAGCGCAUCCUCAGCCUGCUGCGACCAAGGGGUGCCACAACAGAACUGCAGGCUCUAACUGUUGAAGAACCUGAAGAAUUGGAGAGUGACGAUGAAGGGCUUAUCAGCUUCGAGGAGGAGCGUGCGCAGCUUUCAUUCAACACGGAUACACUGUGCUGAGUGGAUGAAAUCUCAUGAAGAUUUCCAUCUCUGAAGACCAUGUAUGUGACAUCUGAGAACUUUGCAUCAUCCCAGCACAAGACUAAAAGGGCAGUGUCAUCAAGAGGGAUGGGAAUGACCAUCUGUGUGGUCAACAGUUCCUUCGAGUUGAACUACCUUCAGAGGGAGAGAGAGACAGACAGACAGACAUUAAACCCAUUAACCAGCAGAGAACGCUGCUUCAAUGGUGCGAAUGGUCUUGGUACCCAUGCAUUGCUUCUGGGUCGUUUUGGCAGAGUAGAUCUCCUACAAACAUGAGUGUUGCAUUUUAUUUAAUGCAGAGUUGUUUUAUUUUGAUGCACUGUCAAAGAUUUCAUGUAUAAUACCUGUCUGCUGUGUAUUGGAAUAUUUAAAAAUAUUUAAGGAAGUGUAAAAGUGAAGAGCAAAUAACUAUGAUCUUUAUUUUCAAUUACAAAUUCAUUGUAAACAUUCAGACAUUUAAUCUUUGUCAUUAUAGCAAGUUCAUGAAAUUAUUCAACACUUUCAGGGUCUGACAUCAAUCAGUACAUUUUAAACCAGAUCACAAAUGCAGCCUAACAUCACAAAUUAUCUUAAAUUAAAUGUAAUUCCACUUAAAUGGUAAGUGCAAGCUUAAAUUACUACUAUUCAGACAGUAACCUCCUAUGUUAUGAUCAAGAACUGAUGGUUUAUCAGUAGUGAUUGGAGCUUUCAAUAAAUGAUUAGGAUUCACUCAGGAAAGGCAUGAGCAUUUGAAUUACAAUUCACUGAACAGUGUUCUAGAAAUUAAAAUAUGCUUCCACUUUUAAAAUCUUAUUUCUAGAAAAAUACAUGUGGCAGCAUAUCCUAACUCUCUCGGGUAAACCCACUGUCACGGUUUAUAAAUAAAACAUCUCAUUUGUACUUUUCCCCACUUGUGCCAUUAAUUAGGUUUUUAAAACAAUUCUGUUUUGGCGUGAAGUGUUGCUUUAGUUGGAGAAAUCUGGUUAUACAAUCACUUUAAUGUGAGUCUUAGCUCGGCACGGUCUUUGACCUGGUGUAUGAAAUUUGGGCAGAAGUUCCUGUGAAAACUAAUUUAUUACCAAAUUAGCAACUCAGGGAUACAUGGACAUUUAAGUGCAAGAGUGCAAAACUAAAGUCUUACUGUGACCCUGGGACUGCUGUUGUCCCUACAUUUUUCCUCAACUUGCCAUUUUUCAUGAAACUACAGUGUCUUUCGGGUUCUGUUUCAUGUACUUGAUGCCAUUUUUUUAGCACAUUAUUGAAGACAAACCCAUGCAAAUGAACCCACUUAAUGUUUCCCACCUCACAAUGAUCACUUGCACCAGAUGAACAAGGAAUAAAAAGCUUCCAUUCAAACAACAUAAACUAUAUGGUAGAGAAUAUUGCAUCGCAUGAGGUACAGUUUGCUGAGGCUGCCUUCUGAUGGCUGAAUUAUUUUUGCCCUGAAGCAGCUUUUGCAAAAUGGCUCUGGCACUCUUUUGAUGUUAUAUUGACCUUAGUAACCAUCAGGUAUGUCUUUGUUACAGCCCAAACAAGAAUCUACAAAGCUAAGGUAAAGUACAGAUCUGUAAUUGUAAAUGAAUAUGAAUCCUUUUGGCAAUAAGAUAAAACAUAAUCUUCAUCUUACCCUUUUCAGAUAUUUUAAACAAUCUUGCACUCAAAUGUCCACCAAUCCCUUACUAGGUAAAAUGGGUAUAAAUUAGCUUUCACAAUUCUGCCCAAAUUUCAGACACCAGGUAACAGAAGGUGCUGAGCUAAGCCUCACAUUAAAGUGAUUGAAUAAUCAAUUAAAGCAAAACUUCUCCCCAAAACAGAACUGUACAUGUUGAAAACUCUGAGUGUUUACAAUGACCUGCAGGACAGGACUGCAAUUUCUCUUGAAGGUGCUUUAUUUCAAAUGAGCAUAAGCAACACAACAAAGGAUGCAAUUGUAACCUUGGACUGCUGUUAUUAGAGGUGGACGGUCCGCACUAAUGCCCCUGGUUAUUAGGAAUACUCUGAACAGGAUGCGAGGAAGAUCUAGCUCGUGUUUGAAGUGGAUGUCUCAUCAACUUUUCCUCCCCACCCCCUCCUCCCUUUCUUAUGAAGAGCUCAAAUCAGUUUUCACCACCAAUUCUGCUGCAGUGCUGAGAUAAAGUGACCUGAGGUCACCUUCAAAGUUUGGCUGUGUGUCUGAGAAGGUGUGUGUGACUCUGUGCCUGGGUCUGCAAUCUGAAGGUCAUCCUGGACAAUGGCUGCACCCAGGCAUCUAGCAGACCAUUGGAACAGCCAAGAAAUAUAAAUGAGCCUCAGAGUACUACAUCUAGUCAUUUCAUGAAACUGGGGAGUGCCUUUCUUUAUGUCAUUUUCAGAGGUUGGUACUUUGUUCAGUUAAAGCUUUGAAAUUAAACAAUGAAAUUUGGAGGCUGAGAGAAGAGAUGACAUUUUAAGUUGAUUUUAUCAUUCAGUACAUCCUUGCUAACCAGUACAAUGAAAAUAAGAUUAAUCAGUGAGGGAAUUUUGUUUUGCGUCAUUAGAAUUUAAUCUAUGUUUAUAAUUCUGAUCUUGUGUGAAAAGGCAGAAUUUAAUAAGUUUCAUUGAAGGUAAAUUGAAAUUUAGCAAUUUUGCAGCUCUUGUCUUUUUAUCCCCUCCAGCUUUCUGCAUUUUAAUUUCCAUUUGAUUGAUUUCUUCAUUAAGUGUGAACAACAUGUGUUUAUUUAAAAAGUGCAUUGCGCCUGGAAGCGUCAUCAUGUCAAAUCUCUCACCAUGCACUUAAACAGAAUAAACCCGAGCAUUUGGAAGAUUGCUGCUUGACUGGAAAAAAAAGUUACAAAAAUCUGAGCAAAAAAUAGACAAAUUAUGAGAAACAUGGAUUUUCUGAGUGGGGACGAGAGAAAAAAAUUGAAUGUAAAAUAUAGUAAAGAGGGGUGAGCAUUCCCUUCCAACCCCUUUUGGGAAAAAAAAACAAGAUCAAAGCCAAGAACUUGUUUUGGCAUACUAAUGGUUUUGUCUUGUAAUGAUCCCUUUUUGUUUUCUUUGUGAAAUAUUGAUUAACAGUACAUAGUGAUGGGUGUUAUUGAAGGGAAUCAGGAAGAACUGAUUUAUGCGGGUUUCUGAAAUCAUCAGUGUGAUGCAACCAAAUUAUCGGCUACUAUUUCCAAUGAUACUACAGCCCAGCUCCUACUGAUGAAAAAAUGUAUAAUAAUAAAAUGCUAUAAUGUCAACUUGA